AUGACAGGCUUGGCAGCUCUUGAAGCUCUCACUGAGAAGCUGUACGACUUCAUUCAGUCCAUGGAAGAUGAUGGACUUGUGGACCAUCAUUUCAAAGAUUGUUACAACUUGAAGGAGGCCAAUGGACCCUUCCUGUUUAUUGAGCUUCUUCCUACUUACAUAUCUGAUUCUGAAACCACCUUAGAGGAGAUGACUACCGAAUUGGAUCAGCCUCUUGUGGACUUCAAACAUCUCGAACAACUAUGCAUCAAGCUAAAAGGAGGGACCUCAUGCCUUGGUGCGUGCCGGGUGGCGACUUCUUGUGGCGAAUUUCGUCAGGCUGUUAUUGCCAGAAACAAGGAUGACUGCCUCCUGGGGUUGGAGGUGAUCAAAGGUGAUUUUUUCAUUCUGCAUAAUAAAUUGGAGGCUUUCCUUGAGCUGGAGAGGAGGAUUGUGACCAAUGACUACCAAGGUUGCUGAAAAGCACAAUCUGGUGAUUUUUCUGUUCUGCUAUGAUCUGCGGACCGUGUUUCCGAGUUUUCAAUAAUGAAAGCUGAAACUUAGUUUGCAGUCUGUUUAGAACUUGUCAGAUUUCAUUUCUAGUCCUGUUUGAACUUUCAGUUGUUGUUUGAUGUCAUGUAUGUUUCCCUGGAAUUAUUGUGGGCAUCUUUCUCUACCCUACGGGGGGAGUCCUGGAGCCACCGGUAAUUUGCAGCGAACCUCUAUGUUUCUCCUUCAUUUGCUGUUCUGAACAAAGAAAAUGGGAAGAUUUAUUAUCUCCUCUAGUGGUU